UAAGGUUUCCAAUAUCACUUGUCCAUCUCCUCAUUCACUCCUUUUCAUUUUCCAAUCUACAAGUUAAGUUAAGGAGAUGGAUUCAAUCUAAAUCCUUCUCUUUCUAGAUUUCCUCCAUUAAAUUCUCCAUUUCUGACUUGUGUCGACAUCAGCGUCCGAAAUGAGCAGGAAGAAAGGUUUGUAUUUUGCAGAAUUGGCCCUCAGAGUGUUGGUAAUUGCAUUUUCCAUUGCCGGAGCCGUCACCAUGCUCACCAGCAACCAGACUGUUUCUCUCUUCGGAAUAACCGUCAACGCCACCUACACCUAUUCCUCUUCUUUCAAAUACAAAGUUGUUGCUGAUUCUGUUAUAUGUGGCUUGACCUUGCUCUCGUUGAUCAUCGUCAUUUCUCUCAACCGCCCUAAAUCAAACCCCAAAAAUUACUUCUAUUUGCUCUUGCAUGAUAUGGUGAGUUUGGUUGUGUUGGUGUCGGGAUGCUCGGCUGCGACGGCAAUCGGGUUCGUGGGGCGGUUCGGACAGAGUGAGACGGGUUGGAUACCCAUUUGCGACCAAGUUGAGAGAUUCUGCGACAAGGUUAUGGCGUCGAUCAUCAUGUCUUUCGUGGCUGCCACCUGCUUGUUUCUUCUCACUCUCAUGUCUGCAUACAAGCUCAAAUCUCACCCAUUUUCGGACCACAUUUGAAUUCCAAACCAUUUAUGUUUAUCUGUAAUAAAGUAUUGUUACAUCCAUGCAUUUAUGAGCAUGUUUUAAUGGAUUUGGAGUUUUUCA